UGCUGUUACGGCUGAAAAUCUCGUGGAGUGAAAUUUGUUUCAGUUAACUUUUUAGGCGACGUCUGGGGACGUUAAAGAUGUGGGACCGGUAUUUUGGUACAUACGGUGAGUUUUGUGCUUCACAUCCAUGGGAAGUGAUAGUAGCUACAUUAACCUUAACGGUGCUAUUAACCGUCGAUCAACAACAAGCAACACUUCCACCAAAACCGACUUUCAGAUUCUGCUCAAAAUGUUUGAACGAAGCUGAAUAUAACGCGGCUGAUGUUAUAGUAAUGACCGUUAUUAGAUGUUUAGCAGUGUUGUAUUCUUAUUAUCAGUUUUGCAAAUUACAGAAAUUGGGUUCAAAAUAUAUACUGGGAAUAGCGGGGUUAUUCACAGUAUGUUCUAGUUUUAUAUUCACUUCAACAGUAUUAAAAAUUCUUCGUAUCAAUGUUGCCGAUCUUAAAGAUGCAUUAUUCUUUUUCUUACUACUAAUUGACUUAUCCAAAGCAGCCAUGCUAGCACAAUUUGCUUUGACCGCUUCAAAUCAAAACGAAGUAAAAACAAACAUUGCGAAAGGAAUGGCACUUUUAGGACCUACUAUUACUUUGGAUACUAUAGUUGAAACGUUGGUAAUUGGUGUUGGAACGUUGUCUGGAGUACAUCGGUUAGAAAUGCUGUCAUAUUUUGCUUGCUUAUCAGUUCUAGUUAAUUACAUGGUUUUUAUGACGUUUUAUCCGGCAUGUCUUUCUCUCACAUUAGAGUUGUCUCGAAGUACUGGAAUGUAUUCCAACAAGCAAAGUCUAAUUGCUAAAGCUUUUCGUGAAGAGGAUCAUAAAUCAAAUCCCGUUGUACAACGGGUGAAAUUGAUAAUGUCAGCAGGCUUAAUGUUAGUCCAUGCGCACAGUCGUUGGCCAUUCAAAGAAGAGGAUACUGAUGAUAUUGGAUCAUUAGUUGUGGAACAACAUAUCACUCUAAAUCGAACAGAAGAAAAUGCUUUACAUGGAUAUAUUAUGAAAUGGAUGACUCUAAGUGCUGACCAUAUAGUGAUAUUGGUAUUGUUGCUUGCCUUGGUAGUAAAAUUUAUCUUCUUUGAAAACAAAGAAGAGUUUACUGAAAAAAUCAAAGCGUCCAUGUCAGAAAACUUGGAAACAGACACAAAUAGCGAAUUCGUCAAGCUUAAUGAGAAGCUCCAGAGCAAGUAUUUACCUCAGACUCACAUUUUCAGACCUGAAACAUUUAUUUUGGGUAGGAGUGAUAGUGAUGAAAAAUCAAGUUCUUUCAGUGAUGAUGUAGAGUAUGAAGACAAAUCAGUACAAACCUCAUUCUGUCAAAUAGAUUCUAGUCAGCUCUUGAACGACGAUAUCAACGAAAGCGAACUGUGUAGAAGUUUAGAAGAAUGUUUGUCCAUAUAUAAUGACUCCGAUUUGGGUGCUGUCACUCUUACAGACGAAGAAGUAAUUCUGUUAGUACAAAAUAAACAUAUUCCUGGAUAUCAGAUAGAGAAAGCCGUCGAUAAUCCAGAAAGGGGCGUUAGGAUAAGAAGAAAAAUGUUGGCUAAAGACGCAAAUUUCAAAAAUCACUUAUUAGAUUUACCAUUUAAAAACUAUGACUAUAGUAAGGUUAUGGGAGCUUGCUGUGAAAAUGUUAUUGGUUACAUGCCAAUACCUGUAGGAUAUGCGGGACCUUUAUUAUUGGACACUCAAGAAUUGUACAUACCGAUGGCAACAACUGAAGGAUGCCUAGUAGCUAGUACCAACAGAGGAUGUAGAGCUUUGAAAAUAGGUGGUGUUACAUCAAGGAUUGUUGGAGAUGGAAUGACUAGAGGUCCUGUUGUUAGAUUCCCAUCUUUAGCUAAAGCAAGUGCUGCUAUGAAAUGGAUAGAAAAUCCAGAAAAUUUUGCAUUAAUGAAGGAACAAUUCGAUUCUACUAGUAGAUUCGCAAGAUUGACCAAAAUCAUGAUAAGAAUAGCAGGAAGAUACCUUUUCAUCCGUUUUGUUGCAAAAACAGGGGACGCUAUGGGUAUGAAUAUGCUUUCAAAAGGAACAGAAAUUUCAUUGAAAUUUGUACAGAACGAGUUUCCUGAUAUGGAGAUAUUAAGUCUUAGUGGAAACUUUUGUACUGAUAAGAAAUCAGCUGCUGUUAAUUGGAUUGAAGGUCGGGGUAAAUCUGUUGUAUGUGAAGCUAUCGUGCCAGCAAAAAUAGUAAGCACAGUAUUAAAAACAACAGUAAGCGCCUUAGUCGAUGUCAAUUAUUCCAAAAAUAUGAUUGGGUCAGCUAUAGCAGGAAGUAUAGGAGGAUUCAAUGCCCAUGCAGCUAACAUAGUUACUGCAGUAUUUAUAGCAACAGGUCAAGAUCCAGCCCAGAAUGUGAGUAGCAGUAACUGUAUGACACUAAUGGAGCCCUGCGGAUCAAAUGGGGAAGAUCUCUAUAUGUCAUGCACGAUGCCAUCUUUGGAAAUAGGUACAGUCGGUGGAGGUACUGUGCUUCCCCCUCAGGCAGCUUGUUUGAACAUGUUAGGUGUUAAAGGUGCACAUCCUGAAAAUCCAGGUGCAAAUGCUGAUCAAUUGGCUAGGAUAGUAUGCGGUUUGGUCUUAGCAGGAGAACUUUCACUGAUGGCUGCCCUAGCAGCCGGACAUCUUGUUCGAAGCCAUCUUAGACACAAUAGAUCCACUACGUUAUUACCAGAAAACGCGAAUAUACAAUCUAUGAAGGUUAUUAAGAGAGAAUUCCUUGCACCGCCCUGUAAAGAUACUGUUUAAAUAUAGUGUAAAGUGAAUUAGUGUUAAAAACCAUAAUGGAGUAUCUAGUCUUUGGUUAAAAUAGACUCUGGUGUAAGAACGGGGGUUACUUUGAAGUGAUCUUUCUUGCACAAAGCUUCAAAAUAGAAGAUAAGUUGUUAUAUUUUGCAAUCUUCAUCUAUAACUGAACGAAUAUAUUCCUAACCAUUCUAGUGUCUAAAUAUCGCUUACAUUGACAUAUCCAUAUCAGGGGAUUAUAACAAAUAAAAUUGUCAAUAACUUUUGGGGAAGUUCAAAAGACAGUAAAGCGCAUGGCAUAUGAAUGUAUUGACAUAUUAGUAAAAAAAUAAGUUGCUUUAGAUGUGAUUACAGUUUAAAGCCUUGGUUCUUUGGAUACUCAUUGUGAUGAGCGGUCACUUCGUCGACCACAAUAAAAUUAUGUCAUCUGAUCAUACAUAAAAAAUUAUUCAGUACGUCUCUGUCUUAAAAAUAAGUAUCUAUAAACGGAGUAUUAUUAAUAUUAUGGAAAAAGAAAAAUCUAAUAAGUCCAGAUGUGCGCAUUGCCACACAUACAACCAGUUUGGGAAUGUGAAGUGGUAAAGAAUAUGUAAUCAUCAGAAUAUGAUAACCUGUUUAUGAUAGAACUCUUAACCCUUAAUUUGGAAGUGUAACUUGCAAGAUACAUGACUCCCUAAUUUUUUGUUUAAAUUUAGCGCCUUUAUUUUAGUUCCAUUAUCUACCGCAUCGUCUCUUUAGGCCUUGUAAAGUAACCUCCAUCAGUUUCCAACACACACUUCAAGUGAAAGUUUGUUUAUUUUGCAAAUUGUAACAGUGAAAUCAGCAUCAGCAAAGAAAUGGCAUCGACCUCCGGUUGGGUAAGUUUUCAGUCAAUAUACUAUUAUUUAUCAUCUGAAAUCAGCUUUUUUAAAUUCAAACAAUGGAGUAUAAUUUAAAAAAUCAGAUUUAUUUCACCUCAAUUCAAAAUUUAUUGAGUUUUAUUAUUUUGGUUUUAAUUUUAUUUAGGAAUUUGUUAGCAUUUUUGUCUUCUCAACCUCAUUUUGAUGUUUUCUUUUCUUUUUCAGAGCAAAAAUUUUACUUCAAGAGCUGGCUAUAUUCUUCCAUUACUUCUUAAGCCAAAGGCGGACUCUGGAGAUGAGGAAGAAAAUGAAGAAAAUUUGGAGAGUGAAGAUAUAUUACUUCAGGCAGCGAGCAAAUUUUUAGAUGUAUAGGUUGAAGAACGUUUUGAUGCAGAGGAUGCAUCACAAGCUCCAGAAGUGUCAAAAGAUGAGACAAUGAUGGACCUCUCUAUUGCUGUUUUCAUUACUUCGGCCGCUAACCUUCAACCAGCUAAUUUGGCAAUGUAUCUACAAGAUACAUAUUGCAUAUCUCACCAAAAAAUGAACCCAAAUUUUUCAAACUUUAAAAUUGGCUUAUUUAGACCUUAAAGAACAAUUUAAUAAAAAAUUUUUUUAAUCAAUAAAUUCGUUACCAAAUUAAGGGUUAAACUUUUCUGGUACAAUUGCUCCAUGCUAUUAAAUGGUCUUUUUCAAUAUUAAUAGUUUCUACAAAUUAUAAAACACAGGUAACAGCUUCUUCUGGGCCUCUACCGUCUUUUCCUUCAGUCAAAAUCGUUUACCAAAAGCAUCACCGUUCCUUUUACCAUUACUAUUUAUAGCUAAAGCUUAGAUUAUAGGAUAUACCGACAGACUGUUUUUGAUAGCCAAUUUAUAAUAGCGUACUGUCAUAUGACUAAUUUUAUGCCUCUCAAACUUUUAGUCAUUUAAUUUUUUCAAAUGAUAAAGGAAGUUAACAUCUUAUAGAGUAAAUAAAAGUUCUGUCUUGUCUUGAACUUAUGCUUAUGGCGACAUUUGUGAACCAGAGUCUGUACUAACGUAAAUAGAAUUAAUUAUAACCUUGAUGCAUAUCAUGCACUAAUCGCUUCAAGUAUGUAUGCUUGAAGAGGAAAUAGCAAUUACAACGGUCAAAGUUUCCAAUAUGCCAGUUUUUUAUAUCAGCGUGCAAAAGGUGUGGAGAAGCCUUUCUGGAAAACAAGUUUAGGAAUUGUUUUUAGAAAGAACAAUGUUGUCAAAUCGUGAAUUUCUUUUAAAAAUAUGUGUCCGUAAAUUGUCUCAGUUUCCAUUUAAAUACUCUAGUUGGAUAAAAUCUUCAAACAGCGAUAGUUUACAUCGACGGACUGCCCGCUCACACAAAGCCACAAAGGCAUCAGAAGUAAAAAAUUGUUCCGGCCUAUAUAGUAUACAUGCCAGUGAUCAAUUUAGACAAUUAAAUUGAAUAUUUUGAGCUGGAUAAAAGUUCUAAUAAAAUGGGCAGUAUUAUAUCGAUACUACCUUAUUGUCAAAUUUCCAGAGAAUAUGUUAGAAAAUAAUGAACAAAAUCAAUUCAGCCAUUGAUAAAACCGAUUCUUAUUUUUUUUACUCCAUUUACUGCGAAUGUAUAUUGAAGAUUUACGUAACUGUUUCCUUAUAUUUUCUCCAACACAAGUUGAAAGAAUCUGUGAUGGUCGAUUAUUUUUCUUAGUAUUUUUAGAAUGGAAUAAACUGCUUCUUUGUACAAGGAAACUUCUGUAAAUGGUCUUUAUUUUAAUUAUUUAAUUUAUGUAAAUAUACUUUUUUUAUUAU